AAUUAACAUCUUCUACAAGUCUGCACAGAAUUAAUAACAAUAAUAAAUUACAGGCAAAUGUGUCCCUGUUGAUUGAAAGCACGGCCUACCAGCUGGAUUUACCGUCCUUCAAGCAAGCCCGAGUGACGCAGCAGCAUUUGCUUUAAUAUUCAUUUUUGAAGUUGUGUGGAAAUAGCUGAGGCACCUUGCCCGGCGUUGCACGCUGCCUACAGGAUGACAGAAUUACAUUUGGAGCAAUAACUUCCAUUAAUUUGAGCCUUGAAACAGAAAUAGAACCUGCGUCUCUGGGGUAGUUUCACAGUAAUGAAGGGAAAACUUCAUUCUGUUCUGAACUGGCUCAGGUAACUGCCGCCUUAUCUGCAGUUACACCUGAUUAUAAUAAAAAAAUCAACAUUUCUUCAAGUGUUAAUUAAGUCAGGACUCAUUUCUAACUUUACAGAGGUGUCUGCGGUAACUAGAUCUGCGGUCGUCAGUCCCACUGCAUACUCCUGACUCCAAAUGUCAGCCUUGGCUUUGUUUCCUAUUUGACUGCAUGUUCUUGAAUACAUGGACUCAACUUAAUCAUAAUUUCAUCCCUCCAGGCGCACACCAUCCUCUCACGAUGGAGGGCACAGGCAGCGGCUGGGCAGUUGAGCUCACCCCCUCUUGUGUGACUCAUGAUGUGAAUGGGAAUGACUCCGGCCCGGUGUUUGAGGUGGCGCUGCAGAACGGCUCCACGAAACGCAGCCCUCAGUUCGUGGGCGUGGAGCUGCUGCAGUCUUUCAAGCUGCUCAUCAUUCCCUGCUACACUCUGGUGGCUCUGGUGGGAGUCUUCGGCAAUUACCUGCUCCUCUAUGUCAUCUGCCGCACCCACAAGAUGCACAAUGUCACCAACUUUUUCAUCGGGAACCUGGCUUUCUCCGACAUGCUGAUGUGCGCCACGUGCGUCCCCUUCACACUGGCCUACGCCUUCAACCCACACGGCUGGGUCUUCGGCCGCUUCAUGUGCUACCUGGUGUAUCUCAUCCAGCCGGUGACCGUGUACGUGUCAGUCUUCACCCUCACUGCCAUCGGCGUGGACAGAUACUAUGCCACCGUGCACCCGCUGAAAAAGCGCCUCUCGGUCUUGGCGUGUACCUAUCUUCUGUCCGGGAUUUGGCUGCUGUCCUGUGGUUUGGUGGCUCCGGCCGUGGCCCACACCUACCACGUGGAGUUCAAGAAUGAAGGCUUCACCAUCUGCGAGGAGUUCUGGAUGGGCCAGGAGAGGGGACGGCUGGCCUACGCGUACAGCACCCUCUUCAUCACCUACGUGCUCCCCCUUUCCGCGCUCUGCAUCUCCUACCUCUGCAUCUCUGUCAAACUGAGGAACUGUGUCGUGCCGGGCCACCACACCCAGAGCCAGGCGGAGGCUCAGCGCAUGCGCAAGCGCAAGACCUUCCGGCUGGUGAGUCUCGUGGUGGCGGCGUUUGGCAUCUGCUGGAUGCCGAUCAGCGUGUUCAACGUUCUGCGGGACAUUGACAUUGAUCUGAUUGACAAGCGGUACUUUCUGCUCAUCCAGCUGCUCUGUCACCUGUGCGCCAUGAGCUCAUCCUGCUGUAACCCGUUCCUCUACGCCUGGCUGCACGACCGCUUCCGCGCUGAGCUCCGCAAGAUGUUCACGUGCCGCCGUCGCAUUGGCAUCUCGGCCAACAACUGUGCCACAGCAAGCGUGGUUUUGUGAAGCCCCCUGGUCGUAUCCUGAGCACAUUCGGACAAUUCAGAAGUGGCCGGAUGGGAUUUCUGUGUCUGUAGGGUGACCUAUAUGAUGCAAAAACAGCCCCCUGUUGUUUUUCAGUGCGUGUAGAAGAAAACUCAGAUGUGAUUCCCACUUAUCUUGACCUGUCAAACCCUGGUGCCUACAUUACCCACAAUGCCACAAUGCAGGAAAACCAGCAAUGAUUUAAAGAGAUUUGCAUAUGGUGGAAGUUUUAAGCAGAGAAGAAGACUGGCUACAGAUAUCUGGCAGAUUGAGGUUUUUUUUAACUCCACAUACCCAAAUUUAUUUCAUUUUCCGACCUGAUGCCUUUAAUCUGGGAAACCAUCAACCAUUGACAAACUAUUCUGCAUAUUCCAAUGUCUGUUCAUAGUCGCAUCAGACUCCAUGACCAUCACUUGUGGCAAUGUGUAGUCUUGUUGCCUAAAGGCUACAACUUUCCAUACUGUGAGACGUUUAAAGACGUGUGAGGGAUCAGUGGAGUUUCCCUUUAAGCCUGAGCACAGCUCAUUGAUUGUUCACAAUCACACCGAGCAGUUUACCUUCUGUAAAUCACUCUUUUUGAAAUGUCUCAACAACGUGUAAAAAUAGUGUUGCUGUACAUAUUUUGGUGUUUCGCGUCAUUGUUGGGUUUUGUCCUUUCUGAGCACACAACUGGAAGUUGUUGCCUAUUAUAUGAAAAUAACAACAGGCAACUGGACUUGUUGAGUUUCUUUGAGAUGUUUAUCUCCUAUUUAAGUGGAUUCUUCAUUUCUGAAAUACUGGUGGAGUUUAGUUUUUUUAUGAGCAUCAGUGGGUCAGAACAUAAAACUAAUAUUUCUUCUUGUUAAUGACCAGAUAAUUGCCUGUAACUGGAAGAAUUUGGUUUCUUUUUCCCCAAUUAACUGUUAUAGGAUAUAGAAUAAUAUCUGAUUCACAAAAAUAAAAGAUUACAGAUGCAU